GAGGGGGCGGGCCCUGCGCGGAGUCCAUGUGGGCGCCGGCGCGGGGCAGCGCGGGGUCGUUAUGGCGGAGGUUCAGCAAGUACGGGUGCAGGAGGCCGUGGACUCUAUGGUGAAGAGUCUGGAGAGAGAGAAUAUCCGGAAGAUGCAGGGCCUCAUGUUCCGGUGCAGCGCCAACUGCUGUGAAGACAGCCAGGCGUCCAUGCAGCAGGUACACCAGUGCAUUGAACGCUGCCAUGCACCUUUGGCUCAAGCUCAGGCUCUGGUGACCCUCGAGUUGGAGAAGUUCCAGGACCGCCUGGCCCGGUGCACCAUGCAUUGCAACGACAAAGCCAAAGAUUCAAUAGAUGCAGGGAGUAAGGAGCUCCACGUGAAGCAGCAGCUGGACAGUUGUGUGACUAAGUGUGUUGAUGACCACAUGCACCUCAUCCCAACUAUGACCAAGAAGAUGAAGGAGUCUCUCAUAUCCAUUGGGAAAUAAAAGUCUUUGCGAGAGGCCAUUGGGGCUGAGGACAAGAGUCUGUUUUAAAAAGGAAAGGGAAUUUUAGUCUUUUAAGCAAAAUCUAUGAAUGAAGAAAUUAAGGAUGGCAAUGGGUUUAAGGCAUAUGUCACUUGCCUCUGGACAUUGGUUCCUUUGUUUCAAACCUGAAAAGUGAAAUGGAAAAAAUUGGU